GCAUUACAGUGUUGAGAGAGAGACAAAGCCAGCUCGCCCUUGCAUAUGCUUUCACUGCACAUCAUCACUAACAGCACCUCCACCAACAAUAACCACCACCCACCUCUCUUUCAUUCUCUUUCUUCCUUCCUUCUUCUCCAUUGAUUCACCCACCUCGAUAUAACCCCCUCCUAAUUUGUUUUUUGAGAAACCCUUGUGUGUCUGACUGUUUUUUUAAAAAGGUCUUUUUAUAGAUAUUCUACGUAAUCAGACUGCUUGUUUUUCUCUUCAUCUUGCCUGGUUUCGAGAUCUGGGUUGAUAUCGGAUGAAGACAACUUUAGAUUUCUUGUGAUUUUGUUCUCUGUUUCUGUUUUUUUUCUAGUUAUUAAAAUGAUUGAGAUGUGCUAGACUGAGUAGGUAUUAUUUGUGGUUCACUGCGCAUAAAAUCUCUCGAAAUGUGGUUGAAUGACUUGAGCAUUUUCAAGCUUUAAAGUUUAGUUUUCUCUUUUUUGUCUUUACAUUCUAAUUUUGGAAGAUCUUUGAAGGUUUAAAUUCGAUGAAUUUAUAUCAAAUCUUAUAAAAAAAAACCCAUGAAGAAUUUUCAAUGGUUGAAGCGAAUCUCCAUUAACAACAAACCUGAUAGGAGGCUCUCUCUUGGUGAAUAUAAGAGAGCUAUUUCGUGGUCUGAGUAUUUAGUCUCUUCUGGUGCAGCGAUAAAAGGAGAAGGGGAAGAAGAAUGGAGUGCAGAUAUGUCAGAGUUGUUUAUCGGCUGUAAAUUUGCUUCAGGAAGGCAUAGUAGAAUCUAUAGAGGGAUAUACAAGCAGAGAGAUGUGGCGAUCAAGCUCGUUAGCCAGCCACAGGAAGAUGAAAACUUGGCUUCUUUUCUUGAAAAACAAUUCACUUCAGAAGUGGCUCUCUUGUUUCGAUUAAAGCAUCCUAAUAUCAUCACUUUUGUUGCAGCCUGUAAGAAACCACCUGUAUUUUGUAUAAUCACUGAGUAUCUAGCUGGAGGGUCCCUAAGAAAAUAUCUUCAUCAGCAGGAGCCACAUUCAGUACCACUCAAACUUGUUCUGAAACUAGCGCUCGACAUUGCACGAGGAAUGCAAUAUCUUCAUUCACAAGGAAUACUUCAUAGGGACCUCAAAUCAGAAAAUUUGUUGCUUGGAGAAGAUAUGUGUGUCAAGGUAGCAGAUUUUGGCAUUUCGUGCUUAGAAUCUCAGUGUGGUAGUGCUAAGGGAUUUACAGGUACUUAUCGCUGGAUGGCACCAGAAAUGAUUAAAGAAAAACACCAUACAAAGAAAGUUGAUGUCUACAGUUUUGGCAUAGUUCUUUGGGAGCUUUUAACUGCAUUAACACCAUUUGAAAACAUGACCCCAGAACAAGCUGCAUUUGCAGUCUGCCAGAAGAAUGCUAGACCACCGUUACCACCAACAUGCCCUGCGGCAUUCAGUCAUCUCAUAAACCAUUGCUGGUCAACCAAUCCAGACAAACGACCACAUUUUAAUGAAAUAGUUUCGACUUUGGAAAGUUAUUUGACAUCUGUGGAGGAGGAUCCAGAAUUUUUAUCAAACUUUGUACCUUCUUCCCCUGAUCAUACUGUUAUAAGAUGCUUACCAAACUGCAUUGUAUGGAAUCGUUCUGCUCAUUUAAAGCCUCUGAGCUCUUCUUAAUUCAAAUGUGAUAUAAAUGUACCAUAUUUUCAAUUGUGUAGGUUUUUAUAUAGACUUUUAGAUGUGGAAUUAGAAUUGUUUGCUUCUUCA